AUGAAGGGAGGAGCUGUGCUUAGCCCGGUACUAGCCACAGCACUCGGAGUCCUCGUCGCAUACAGCACCUUCCAGCCCGAACUUGACAAGCAGCGGCAGGAGAAACUGGGCACCUUUUCCAAAGAGCACCAGUCCAAGGAAGAUAGAGACAAAAUGUUGAGCAACGCAAUUCGAAGUGACCUUGAAGAGGCAAGACAGGAGGCGCUAGCAUUGCAGCCUAAGGAAGGCUUCGCUUGGGGCAUCAGGAAAUGGUUCAAUAGUAAGCCACAAGCUGGAACAUCGACAUCGACACCUCCGCCACAAUCGUCACCCGCGCACGGAGUCGAUCAAAAGCGAGAUGAUAAGUGA